AUGCCGAUGCUGAAGAGGAGCGUGGAGCCGCGUCACGUGAGCAGGACGUCAAUCCCAGAAUCCAUUGGGAGCGAACUGGAGUGUGUCAACAAUGCAACGCUUUCGGCCGUCAUACGACAACUCAGCAGCCUGAGUAAGCAUGCAGAGGAUGUGUUUGCGGAGCUGUUUGCGGCGGCGAGUGUGUUCUACUGGAGGAGUGUGUGCCUGCAGGAGCGAGUGGAGAGACUGGCCAUCAAGGUCACACAGCUGGACUCCAACGUAGAGGAGGUGUCGUUGCAGGAUAUCCACCUGCGUAAGGCGUUCCAGAGCGGAGUGUGUCAGGAGCAGCAGGUGGUGUGUAAGACCAGCAUGCCGCCGACCCUUAAACACCUGUAUUGCCAUAGCGACCACCCCCCGCCCCUCGCCGCGCUCACACCUUACAGGGAUGAUGGGCUGGAGUCCAUGCGUCUGUAUUCGGACCCCUGUUUCUUCUUCGACCUGUGGAAAGAGAGGAUGACCCAGGCCACGGAGGAGAAGAGGAUGGAGAGACGACGUCUACGGCAGGACCAGAAGCGAGGGAUGCAUGGCACGUUGCCGCGGGAGGUGAAGCGGGUGCGUAAAGUGCGGGACCGCAGGGAGGAGUGGAGCCGCAUGGCGUUGGACAAGGAGCUGCGUCCCGACGCCCCCCCCCACACACACACGCCGCCCUUCCCAGACCUCCUGCCGCCCCAGUCCAUCCCCACCAAUCACAGGCCUUCCUUCCCGGAGCACCCGCCCACCCAGCCCAUUCUGACCAAUAGCAGGCCUCCGCCGCCGGCCGUGGCCAAUGAGGCGUCGGGACCGGCCCAGCGGGUGGAGCAUGAGUACCACAGCAUCGGGGGGGAGGUCAGCAUCGCCGUGGUGUACCGCAGCCCCCCCGGUUGA